AUGCCUGAAGUACCAGCAACUAAACGUAUCAAGAAGAAUGAUGAGGAAAUUGAGCACGAUAACAAGAAACGGCUCAUCGUUAUCAUUGAGAAAUGUUCUUUGGAGAGUGCGAAGAUAGGCAAAGACUAUGUGAUUUUGUCUAGUGACAGGCAUGCUAACUUCAUUCGAAAUCAGAAAAGAGAUCCCGCUGAUUUUCGACCAGAUAUUCUGCAUCAAUGCCUUCUGAUGCUUCUUGAUAGUCCAUUAAAUCGAGCGAAUUUAUUGCAAAUUUAUGUGCACACCGUCAAUAACGUAUUAAUCGAAGUGAACCCUCAAAUUCGUAUCCCGAGGACAUUCGAUCGAUUCUGUGGUUUGAUGGUGCAGCUACUACAUAAAUUAUUUAUACGUGCAGCUGAUAGUUCAGUGAAGUUGCUGAAAGUAAUUAAAAAUCCAGUAAGCAUUCAUCUGCCGACUGGUUGUCGGAAAGUGCUGGCGUCAUAUCAAGCUCCAGAAUAUAUAAGUUGUACACAAUUUGCCAAAAGUGCUGGUAAUAAACCCAUUGCAGUCGUCAUUGGUGGGUUUGCGAAGGGAAAGACCACUGUGGAUUAUACCGAAGAAGAGGUGAAAUUAAGCAAUUUUCCGUUGAGCGCUGCGCUGAUGUGUUCGAAACUGACGUCUAGUUUCGAAGAAGUAUGGAAAGUUGAAGAAGAUAAUCAAUAA